GGGAACUAAAACUCACCCUACCCUCGCACUCACACAACACAACACACACACCCAAAACUCCAACCACGUUCUUCCGGCCGCAUUUGAAGGAAGAUACUGACGGUGUUCGUAGCCCCUCGAAAAAAACACCCAAGAGGUGUUAAUCGUCACUCCAUACACACAACCCUCUCUCACCAUGGCACCCCCGCGGUUGCCCUCCCUCCCCCGCGUCUACAACGACGACGACCUCCACGAGGUCCCUUUCACUUCGCUGCCCGCAUACGGCUCAGGCCUGUACAAGCGGCCCAUCACGUUCGUGCCCGCGACCCCUGAACCCUCCGCGGACGCCCCCACCACCACCAUCGAAGCGCAAGCCUCCGACGAGCCCCCGGAGCUGACAUUCGCAGAGCGCUACCUCGCCAUCGUCUUAAAAAACACCCCCAAGCCGACGGCCGAAGAGGAGAAGAAAUUCCCAAUCUGCGACGUCUGCAAGUCGCCAAUUACGGAGGCGACUCCGAGCGCGCACCACAUUUCGUUCGCGCACCAGUACAGCCUACCGGUGCGACACACGCCGUCCGCUAUGGACCGCAAUAGAAUGGGGUUGAAAUACCUCGAGAAGUAUGGUUUCGAUAUCGAUGAGCGGAAGGGAUUGGGCGCUGCGAGAGACGGUAUUUUGUUUCCCAUAAUCCCGAAGGCUAAACUCAACCAGCAUGGCAUCGGCGUGAAGGACGUUGAGGAAAAGGUCGAGGAGAAGAAACCGAACAAGCUCGACGCGGGCAAAGCAAAGAAGCAGUACGAGAAGGAAAAGAAGAAGGACGAGCAACUGCGAAAGCUAUUCUAUGGGGACGACAAGGUCGAGAAGUACCUGAACGAGUUGGGUGGUUGAAGAGUCUAUACCUCAGGUCGCUCAGCAGCUCGUCGAUGAGCAUUUCUGUCUCUGGUUUUAUUUUUGGCGUAAGUGGCUCGUGUGCGGGAUUUCCCCGCGAGCAUGUUCUGGAUUUUGUACGACGAUACCCCAAAGCCCAUGCUUAGCAUGAGGCUAGUUUAACGACGACAUGGCCUGUUUAAGGAUAAUCCUCUUUUUCGUAUAGCCGCGGAAGGAAAGCGGGUGCAAGUACACCGUAGGCAAUAGUGGCAUAUUAGCAUUGCCUCACAACAAGAAAACCCAAUGGAAUUGUAAUAAUUCA